AAGAGGGGCAGUCGCACGGAUGCCGUCUCCACAUGGCCACACCACAACAUACGACAGUAAUAGAAUCGACGGCAGCGCGAUCGCCAUUCUUGGCAAUGUCCACGGCGAUAUACACUUUCCAGAAAGGCCUCGCGGAGCUGGCGGACCAUCACCCCACCAGUGCCUGCGCGACCUGCACGUGACGGACCCGCGCGAAGAACGCGCGCGCAUCGAGGGUGAUAAGGACAAGUUGCUCCGAGACUGCUAUGCCUGGAUACUGGAUGACGCUAGUUUCCGACGAUGGAGGACGCAGGACGAGUCGCGGCUGCUGUGGAUCAAGGGCGACCCGGGCAAAGGCAAGACAAUGAUGGCGAUGGGUGUGAUCGCCGAGCUGUCGCAAGGACACAAGACUCAGCUGUCGUCAAGGACGAUAGCGAAGGUACUCACCAAACUAAAGCUCGGCUCUCAAUCAUGUCUGGUGACGUACUUCUUCUGCCAGAGCACACGGCCAGAGCUCAACAACGCGGCGUCUGUCCUUCGUGGGCUUAUGUACCUGCUCGUUGCGCAAAGACCACAACUCAUGCGGCAUUUGCAGACGCGGUACGAGGCUAUGGGAGGUAAGCUCUUCGAAGGGCCUAACGCCAUUCACGCGUUAAGAGAGAUACUGUCGGACAUGCUCAAUGACGCCUCUCUACCGCUGACGUAUGUGCUUGUCGAUGCGCUGGACGAGUGUACGUCUGGCCUGCCUGAGUUUUUGCGCAUCAUCACCGACGUGAACCUCGGGCGACGGCCUAGGGUCAAGUGGCUGGUGACCAGCCGCAACAUGCCAGAGAUCGCGCGAUAUCUGCAGCCAGACGCAGCUGGUGUCAAGGUGAGUCUCGAGGUCAAAGCGAGUCAUGUAUCAAGAGCAGUGGCGGCGUUUGUGCAGUAUAAAGUGCAACGUUUGGCGACCGUACACGUGUACGACCUAGAGUUACAGGCAGAAGUGCAGCAGCAGCUCCGCGACAAGGCAGAAGGCACCUUCUUGUGGGUGUCACUGGUGUGCAGAGAGCUAGAGGGCGUCCCACUCUACCGCGCACGAGAGGUGCUGCAGGCACUACCGCCAGGACUCGAUCCGCUGUACGAGCGGAUGAUGGCGCAGAUUACAGGGCAGGAUGCAAAGACUGCAGAGUACUGCAGGGACAUUCUUCAGUCAAUCACGCUCGCUUUCCGGCCGCUACAGCUUAGAGAGCUCGCCGUAGCUGCAGGCCUUCCUAGAGACCAGUUCGGUAACGUACAAGCAGUCGCCGACCUUGUUAACCGUUGCGGCUCAUUCCUAACUAUGCGUGAAGACGUUGUGUCCUUCAUUCACCUAUCUGCUAGAGACUUCUUUACUACAGGCAGCGGCCGGCAGGUGUUUAGUGGCCCACUAGAGGAGGAGCAGGCACGAAUGACCUACCGCUUACUAGACGCAAUGAACAGCACGCUGCGGAGAGAUAUGUGUAGCUUGCAGAAGCCUGGUAUGCGAAUACAGGAGGCGACAGGUCACGUCAAGGGUAGCUGUCUGCCGCAGAUAGCGUAUGCUUGCGAGUACUGGGUGGAGCAUCUGCAGGCAGGCGGACAUGCCUGUAGCGAUAUGUUAGUAGAUAGGGGCAAAGUGCACGAUUUCUUUCAGAAGCACUUACUUUACUGGCUAGAGGCGAUGAGCCUACUACAAAAGAUGCCAGAAGCUAUAUUAGCGCUACAGGAGCUAGAACAGGUUAUUAAUAGUGUAGAGAGGCCGUCAGUAUUAGAUGUUGUCCACGACGCACUGCGAUUUGCAAUGUGGAGUGGAUCUGGGAUCCAGGAGGCGCCGCUGCAGGUGUACUAUGGAGCGUUGGUGUUUGCGCCAGAGCGAAGCAUAGUACGGCAUCAGUUUAGGCAGGAGAUGCCUAAGGAAGUGCAGGUGAAGUGUGGGCUAGAGGAAGACUGGGGACCUCUACUGCAGACGCUUGAGGGCCAUACAAGCUACGUUACCAGCGCGGCCUUCUCGGCAGCAGGAGAUCGGCUGGUAUCCGCUUCACACGAUAAGACAGUGCGAGUGUGGGAUGCGAAGACUGGCGAGCCGCUACACACCCUCGAGGGCCACACCAGCUGUGUCAGCAGCGCGGCCUUCUCGGCAGCAGGAGAUCGGCAGGCAUCCGCUUCACACGAUAAGACAGUGCGAGUGUGGGAUGCGAAGACUGGCCAGCCACUGCACACCCUCGAGGGCCAUACGGACAUUAUCACCAGCGUGGCCUUCUCGGCAGCAGGAGAUCGGCUGGCAUCCGCUUCGUGGGAUAAGACAGUGCGAGUGUGGGAUGCGAAGACUGGCCAGCCGCUGCACACGCUCAAAGACCAUACCAGCUGGGUCAGCAGCGUGGCCUUCUCGAACGAUGGAGCACACAUAGAAACCAAUCAAGGAUCAAUACCCUUACCUUCACCAGCGCUCUCUAAGAAAAUCUCUCAACGGCAUCCUUCUGGGCACAUCUUUGUCAAAGACCGGUGGCUAGCAGUCAACUCAGAAGAUAUGCUUUGGCUUCCUCCAAACUAUUUUCCUAGUUGUACUACUGUCCAAGGUAACCUAGUCGCGUUUGGCUUCGGAUCUGGGAGGAUGAUGCUCCUUGGGUUCUCUUCGUCUUACUAGCUUUUCUAGUUACGCUCCCCUUAGUGCGCUUCAACUACUUCUUCUAGGUGUCAUCACUUGGUAACAUUCGAAAGAAGUAAAAUAGACGUACGUUGACAGUAUUUGGCCUAUCUGCUCUAGCUACAUACUUCUUUUCAAAGAACAGUAUCUUUAGAGAUGCAAAAAACGUUACCUUAAUAC